CCUGGCCUCGGGGUUGCGGCGCACCCGACGGCGGCGCGUGCCUCGGUUUCCCCGCCAGCGGAGAGCCGGCUGUUCGCCGGUGUCCCCCUAGAGCUGGCGGACCGGGCGAUCGCGAGGCUGGGGACGGGCGUGCGCGCGGCGGCGGACCCCGGGUGCCCUGCGGGAGGCGCGAUUUAAGGGCGAGCUGCGCGCGUCUGCCCGGGUCAGCGGGGUGGCCGCACCGAGCUGCUGACUCAUCAGGUGUCCGUCGGCUUCCGCGCGGGCGGGGUCGCGCGCAGGCCCACAGGGGAGGCGGCGGGGAGAUCCUGCUGCGCGGCUUGGGCUCGCCACGCGGGUGCGAGCCCAGCGGAGACGUGCUGAGUCAUCAGCAUGAGGUCACUCGGUGCUCCUGCUGACGCUGGGCCAGGGCGGGGGGCCCGGGCCGGCUAUCGGCCGGUCUAGUCGGGAGACAGGGCUCGAUCCGGGCGGUGAAGGUCGGGCCGGGAUCCGGGGUCGUGUUUAAGUUUGACGGACCUGUGAGUUGGAGGCAAAGGCUCCGAAGGAGGCAUUGCAGGGGCGCGCCGCAGGUUUCUCCCGGGGUGGAAGGUAAAGUCCCAGGCGUGCGCAUCCUUGCCUGGCACUUGGGCUCCUGGCCCGGGUCCCACAACUGGGGCAGUUCCCCAAACCGGGAGACCGAUCAGUGUACGCUGAGGGGAGGAGCUUAGGUGGGCCGAGCCAGCUCGUCUGGGAAGCAAGCUUUCCUUCUCAGUGACCCUGAAUGGCCAGGCUGCGUCGGUCCUAGAUGGGGAAGACCGGGAGGCAGGGAAGAAGGGUUUGUGGCUUGAAAGAAGCUGGGGUCAGCUCUAACCAGCUAAGGAGAGCAAAGGGUGGAUCUAGGCAGCUGGUGAGAGUUUUUGAGGUGCAACCAUGGAGCAGAAGAUGUAGUUUUAUUUAUCCCAAUGUUAUUCCUUUCAGAAGAGUUUGGGGUCCCACUGUUUCCUAGAGUUACCAAAAAGUGUGUGUGCCCUGUUGGCUGUCUGGAGACUCUUGGGAGGUGACAGCUUUGUGGGGUGUGGCUGAAUGGCUGUUUACUGACUUAUCUGUCGUGAAGGUUCUUGAACUCCAUCCUACUGCUUUCCUUGCCCAGGGAUUCAUGUCUAGACUGUGCUUAGCUUGUGGUUUGUGCUAAGGGAUGUCCCCUUAACCCUGAGCCCUGAGGCUGCUCAUAGGUGCAGUGUUUUUUCAUUUGGUGUGGAACUUGCCCUAUGAAACUUCAAGGUCCCAGAAAAGUGUUAAACUCUGGAGGCACUGUGCUUCAGUGAACUUAGCGUUUUCCGUUCUCUUCAAACAAUGUCAGUACCCGAAGGAGAGAAGACCUAAGUAGGGGUCUCCUGCAUUGAGGUUUACAGGCAAGGUUUAGCAAGGAAGGGUCACUAUCUUGCUUGAGACUAAUGUCCAGAUUGUCCAGUGUGAGAGGACAGAGGUGCCCAAACCUUUUCUUUAAGGGUCAGCCUGAAUGAGUGGUCCAGAGCCCCUUGGCGUCUUAAGUCUGUCCAUGGCUGUGAGUACUUGGAGGGCUGAGUUGGGAGGCAGCAGGUCCAGAUCAGCUUCUCUGAGCUUCUUCCUCAGGCUCUGGAAAGUUCUCUAAACUGUAUCCCUCAGCACAGCUGUCCCCCAGAACUGUCUGCCUAGUCACUGUGUCCCUAGGUUUGCAGAAGCCAGGCAGGUAGCUGGAAGCAUUGACUUUCCUGAGACCUGCCCUUCCCCCUUAAGCACACAUGCGUAUAAACAUGCACACACACUCGCUCUAACACACACACACACACACACACACACACACACACACACACUCUCUCUUGCGCACCUUUGAUCAGGAGGCAGUUGGCUGCACUUGUGCUGAGUUCAGGCCUUUGGUGGAGGUAAAAUCUGUUGAGAAGGCACUUUUUAGCUCCCAGCCGCCACACUCUGCACUUUCCUGUGCGAUCUCAGGAAGUCACCGUUUUGAGCUCAGUAGUCUGUAUGAGGGAAGCUCCUGCCAGGACUGUCCCCUCACCUCAAUUUACGCUCCUAGUGUGAGUAUAGGGCCAGAUGCCCUUCAGACCUCUAGAUCUGAGUUCUGCCUUUCUCUUUGAUCUAGCAGGACUGUUGCCUCUGAAAAUGCUCCUAAUCUAGUCAUGUAGAUUUAGUCCUGGUUUGCUUGCUCAGUGUUUGCAUGUAGCCACACCUCCUGUUCAAAGCUAAGAGCAGUAGGGUAAAGCUAAUGAGACCUCAUUAGUUCCUUUGAUAAGAUGGACCAACUCCCCAUCCAGCACAUUUUUGCCUGAAGUGCUCACAGCCUUCAGCCUCCUUUCGAGACCUGCAGCAACCUCACCUCCCUUAUUUCCCUGCACCUAACCUGGAAAGGAGAAUGUGCCUGUGGGACUGGUGGGUGUUGGGCUAAGUGGGGAUUCCCAGCCUAGGUACACAAGAAUGUCCUUGGCAAGACUUUAGAAAGCUGAAAAUGAGGUUGAGCCCGGAGGGGCGGCUGACUGUAGGAGGGACCUGUUUUGCUUUUGUUCCCUGGCCCCGUGGUCACUGACCCUAGGCAGAGAGCCAAAGACCAGUCAGUGACCCGAAGGGGCUGGCUCUUGCCUGCUUCCAGCUAACAGUGCUUUUCCUCUGCUAAUUGUGGGAGACCUUGUGAAACACCCUGUGUUGGGUGGGGCAAGAGUACAGGAUGCUGCAACCAAGCCACAGGAUGGUUACCCCAUCUGUAAAGGAGAUGAACGGGGAGGACUGGAGGGGCCUGGGCUCAGCUCCUCCCAGCCGGAUUGCCUGCUACCUGGAAGAGUGCCUGCUCACUGUGUCCCCCGGGUUAUGACGACCCCCAAUAAAGGAAACAAGGCCUUAAAGGUGAAGCGGGAGCCGGGCGAGAAUGGCACCAGCUUGACCGACGAGGAGCUGGUAACCAUGUCGGUGCGAGAGUUGAACCAGCACCUGCGAGGCCUCUCCAAGGAAGAGAUCAUCCAGCUGAAGCAGCGGCGGCGCACACUGAAGAACCGGGGCUACGCGGCCAGCUGCAGAGUCAAGCGGGUGACACAGAAGGAGGAGCUGGAGAAGCAGAAGGCGGAGCUCCAGCAGGAGGUGGAGAAGCUGGCCUCGGAGAAUGCCAGCAUGAAGCUGGAGCUCGAUGCCCUGCGCUCCAAGUACGAGGCCCUGCAGAACUUUGCCAGGACCGUGGCCCGCAGCCCUGUGGCCCCGGCUCGGGGUCCCCUUGCUGCUGGCCUGGGGCCCCUGGUUCCUGGCAAGGUGGCUGCCACCAGCGUCAUCACCAUAGUAAAGUCCAAGACGGAUGCUCGGUCAUAGGGACACGUGCAGUUGCCAGGCAGGUCUUUGAGGGGCCACUAGGUGCGUGGCAGAGUUGGCAGCCCCGUCCCUCUUCCUUUCAUUUCCCUUCCUUUCUCCUCUCCCUUCCCUGUUUCCUUCCCUGCAAAGCACAACCUGCACCCAGGGGCACUAGGCUGAGCCCCUUGAUCAUCUUCGUUGUCACGCCUGUGUUUCGUACGUUGGGAUCAGNCAGUUCAACAGUGAUGUUGGGUUGCCCUUAACCCCUUUGUACCAAGGCCGUGCAGGCUAGGAGUCCAGAGUGGGCACUGUGGGAGUGGACGAGAGUGCACGUGGGCAAGUGUACUGGGCUUAGGGCUGCCCUUGUCUCCCUGGUGGUCUGCANUGGGAUUUGAGCGCUUUCCUUUCAGAAGUCCAGUGGGNCUCUCAGCUUAAUCCAGAAGGAAGAGAUGGGCUCUGCCCUGAAAAGUGGUUAUGUCUUGAAGCCCCUGGGUGAAUAGGCCACCAGCCUGGGCACUGGGGNGGGAACCAUGGUGCUGGAGCCUGGCACAGUGCACCGGACAAGACCGAAUUGCCGGUUAUGCGUGUGGGUGGAAGGUGUGUCUGUGUGUCCGAUGGGUCCGGUGUCACUGUUUACAUGACCUAUUUGUGUGGUUAUAUAGCCCUUUAUUUAAAAGAGAAGUUCCUUUUACGGAGUUAUUAAAUUAUAUGUUUAAGAGCUAAAACGAAAAAAAAAAAGCUGCAGAGUAUUUAUAAAAUUGUCUUAAAAAACAAAAACAAAAACAACAAAAAAAAAACAUUUGACCGUAUACAUGGAAAAGGGAAGAAAGUAUAGUAGAAACUUUGCUAGUUUAAAAAAAAAAAAUCCCUUUCUUGUAAACCUGGGGACAGCGCUGUGGCUGUUGGAGUUUAGUUUUUAUACACAGAGUUAUCAGACAUUACUUAUAAAACUUAGUUUAAAAAAAGAAAAAAAAAAAAAAAGCCAAGCUGCGAGCCUACCGGAGGCCGUCCUCUUUGAUAUCUCUUUUGCAAUUGUACCGAAAGUGACUUACUCCUUUCCCUUCCUGCUUCCGUCUUGCCGGUGCCGUGGUGUUGUCCGUGCCUGGUGAGGUUUUGUGCAGCCGUAAAGUGCUGGUGCUUCUGGUGACCUUUGACCUGUGGCUGUCCCUGUGUUUUGUGUGUGUGCGUGUUUUUUUUUUUUUGGGGGGGGUUUGUUGUGGUUUUGCUUCUGCGGGCUUGCUGGACCCGGGCAGGACGUACUCCCCUGGGGGUACCGGGACCUGCCUGCAGCUUACCUUCUGCUGCACUUCUCCAUUCCUCUGCCAUGUGGUCCCUCUGAGCCUUGGCUUGGCAUUGUGGGUCUAGGGCUUGGGUUAAGGCAGUGGCAGAGUAAGUGAAGUUGGGAGCUAUUGGCCCCCACGCUGCUUCCACAUCCACCACCUCUGGCCCUGGGUGGUGACAUUGCAGGGACCAAGGUGUCACUGUGGGUGCCCACAGGGCUGUGGCCUACCUGUCCUUGGCCGUCUUCCUUCUGGCCUCAGCUUAGUUCCUAUAGGCUUCGUUGGGGUCUCCGCCCCCGGGGCCUCCCUUGUGGGUUGAGAGAUCUGUCACUCACGUGUUUCUGAAGCCCAGUUCUGUGGGGUGUUGUUUCCCAGGCAGAUUGUUUGGGGGCCCCACUGCGGGCAACCAUUCUUCCCUGUGUCACUGUGAGAGCCUGGAGGCCUCCACCAUCGCCAGACAAGGGCUUUGGCCCUAGGGCCAGGUCUGUUCUUCCCCAGUGUCCGCAGCUCUUGGCUCUGGGCCCUCACUCUGCCUCCUUCAGGAUCUGCGUCUUCCAGGGAUCCGCUGUUCGACUUGGAGGUGCUUCUCUGCAGGUUCCAAGCCUGCCUCCUCACCCUACCUUUCCAGUGGAGGCUGCCCACCUUCCAGGCUUGGCUCAGGAAGCUCCUCAUAAGCGGAUACCCACCUGCAAGAGGCUACAUCCCUGUGUGGGCGGUCACAUGGCCUCCUGCUGACAUAGCUGGUGUCUUCUCUGGGGGCCCUGGUUCCCUGAAAAGCACAGAAAUGUGGUCUGGUGAAAGGAAAGACUGGCCUGGCAGGCCUUUACCUCGUAGGCAGCGGGAUUUUCACUCAGUUUGAUGCAACGUGCAGGGCUCUGGGAGCAGGACCUGUGCCACCCUGGCGUUUUGGUGGGCUACUAUGGCUCAAGGUGCUCAGACAGUCCCAUUGAUGCCUGGAUCGGAUAUGAGUGGGAAUCUGGACUGUUGAUUCUGAGUUACCAGGUGACCUCAUCCCCUCCCUUUGGUUCUGUGACUAUCCAGAUGAGUUGCUGGUGCUGCCUGGCAGCAGAGCUGGCAUGGAUCGUGCCCAUGCCUGGAGGAUGAGAGGCUUUCUGAGUGUUUUGGUACUGGCUGGGCUGCUAUGUAAAGCUGAGAAUGGCCCAGUGCCUAGGUCCAGCCUGCUGGGAGGAUGAGGAAGAGGAGGCUGGGUAUGUGUUAAACAGGAGUAGUGGGUCUUUUGCUUCUGAACAGGAUAGAGCCAUGCUCAAGGCUUUCAGGUUUGCAGCAUCCGCUUCUUGAGUCUGGGGAACUUUCCCUGUUGAGCCAGCCCUGCAGCUCCACUCCCUGUCCCUUCCCCUUGAUUUCCUGACAGUAAAUCCUGUGUCCAGUUGUGACUGUUGGCUGUUUCUCUGAUCAUUGUUAAUUCCGUUUUCCUACUGUGAGGGUGUUGUGUUUGACUUUCUGACACAGCGAAUGGAGAGCUUGGGCUGAGGUCAGGUCUCCCAAACUUCUCUGCUAAGUAAACCAUAAUGUGUGACUUCCCUCUUCCCUUGACUUUGCCUGACUCCUUCCUUGGACAUGGACACUCAGAUUUCAAAGAAAGCCCACAGUUUCCUCUGUAGAGUAUGGUCCCAGAGAGUCCCCCCUGCAUUGUGUGCAGCGGGGUGUGGUGCCUGCCGUGCAGGGAGCCAGUGGCAACACUGUGUUAACAGGGAUCACCACCACCCAGCUUCCAGCAGGCUGGCCUCAGCUCAUCUUUUAGUUCUGUGUGUGCUCUGUUAGCCUUGGUGAUGAGGGCCAGGGUUUGCAGCUUUGAUAAACUACUUGGAGAUGGUGAGGCCACUUCCCUGCUACCUCCCUCUCUGGUGUGGCCACUUGGCCAAAGCUCCGAUCCGCAGCUGGGAUGUCUGAGCCACAGCCUGCUACACUGUUUCCGCUCUGGGAUCUUCUGAGUUACUUUUUUAGGCUGUGGUUUAGUGAAAGGAACCAACACAUUAACAAUCCCCCCAGAAGCCACUGAAUAAUUCUUGGCAUGUUUUCUCAGUGUCGUUGGCCGCCUGGUUUGGGAGUAGUUGCGGAACAGAGGACAGAUCAGUACCAUACAGAGGCAUGGGUUCGAUGGAGCUGCUCACAGUUUGCCUGUUCCUGGCAUGUGCCCUGGGUGUGUGCUAUACCUGCUGGGCCAGCUGCACACAUAUGUACCCUGCCCCUGGAGCAACAGCAUUAAUAUAGCACUGGUGUCUCUGGAAGUGUGAGGUAGAGUGUUCUAGGAAGUGUCCCUGAUAAGAUUUCCUUGUUCUUUAGGGCCCCGGUUGGGCUUUUGGCCCCUCCAGCAACUUUAUGCCCCAACCCCACCUUUCCUCCCAUUUUCUGUCUGCUAGUCUCUGAAGCCUUUAACCAAAUGGGAAUGGGUACAGAAAGCCUUCUCCUGGCAACUUAGGGCAACAGGACAAGGGCUAUUGUGUGUCCAGCUCUGUUGGUCUCCUGGUGCUGAGAGGUGUGUCCAAGCAGAGUUGAUCAGCCCCUGCCUGCCCUGCAGGGCUGAAGCCAGGGGGAGGUUAGUAGAGAGUACCCUAAAUGGGGUGAGGUUCCUUCAACAUCCAACUGAGGAGGUGUGGCUGCAAGGUGAGACCCUGUCUCCUGUACCUGGGUAGGGCCAUAGGGGAUCUGGCUGCAAGGUGAGGCCUGGACUUCGCAUCCGUGGAGAGCGAUCAGUCACCUGGCCUCAGCAGGCAGCAGCCUUGGUGCCCACCCGUGCCCUGCGCAGUAUUUAUUGCUAAAUUAUUGUCCAGGAGGGGCGGCACUGGGCCUGGCCCCCCGGGUAUUUAUUGCUGUACAUAGUGUAUGUUUGUGAUAUAUAAGGUUUUCUUUAUUUUGUAUAUGAUCAAUAAACGCCUUUUAAAGAGA